CAUGAUCACUUCCAGGGAUGCCAUUAGCAUCCCUUGUUCUGACCACUUGCUCUUUUCCUCAUGUUUCCUUCUCUAUGUUUUUAGGCUUUCCUCUUCUAUUUUCUAGGAACCCUUACGGUGACAAUGGGCUCACUGGGGUAAUCCAGGAUAAUCUCCCUGACUCAUGAUCCUUAAUUUUAUCACAUCUGAAAACCUAUUUUUCCAUGUACGAUGAUGUGUCCACGGGUUCCAGGGAUUAGGGUGUGGGCAUCUUUGGAGGGGAGAGGAGGGAAAUUAGUCUGCCUAUCACUGGUUUCUCUUAUGGUUCUGAUGUAGAUUUCUCCUAAAUUAGUACCUUCACUAAAAUUAUAUAUUUUCACAAUAUAGAGGGAAGAGAGGUUUCUCCUAGUCAUACCCCUGUGAGAGACAGAGAGCUUCUUAUUCCUAGAAGCCUCAGAAAUAACUUCUUUACUCUGACUGGCUGAUGGGCUCAGCUUUGAAUUUAUCAUCUUGAUUAGGAAGAUAGGCUGCUCUACUAAAGGGACUUAGGAUCCACUUCCUCAGCUUUGUAAUUGAGAUUAGUAGCAAAAUGUGAGACUCAUUACCGAAAUAAGGAAGGAUGCAUUCUGAGCAAAAACAAAAACAACCAAGAAAUGUUGUCCAAAAUACUUCCCUUCACACCUUGGAAGUAAAUUAAUACAAGACAAUGACCAUAUCUAAAUGGUGAAUUAUUCCCUUCUCAUAGUCACAUGAUUUGAUUUUCAGUAUAGCCAAAGUCAUAGCCUACACAUGUACCAUUGGAUUAGAUGUUAUUGUUUUGACAAAUAAAUUCCUCAAUCAUGUUAUAGAAAGUGUCUUUUAAAGUCAGAUUAUGAUAUUGGCAAAAGAAUAGAAAUAGAUUAAGAUCAUUAAUUUUCUGAAUUAAUUCUAUCUUAAUCCUGAAUAAGGAUAAGAAAUACAGUGCCAUAAUGGAAAUCCUAAAAAGGAUUUUUAAUUUUAGUCAUUCAUUUAGGCUAAUCUCAGCAAAUCAGUGUUCUAGACGACCCCUUCUCCAAAAACACACAUAACUUAGGGUCCAUGUGGUUUGAUAAGAUAGAGGUAUUGAUUAAUUUGCCUUUAGAGUAUAAAAGUGUGCUGGGUACCUGUAUAUUUUAUCACCAGAUUAAAUCCCAGAAAUGAAUUCUCAGUGCCAAAUAUCAUAAAGACUGUGUGAAGAGGAUUAUUAUACUAAACUAUAUCCUAUGACCCCCAUUUCUCUCUUACUCCCUGAUCUUUUGGUUUCCUUUUUUUUUUUUUUUUUUUCUUGUUAAGGAGGCUGGGUGGUAAGUGGGCCUCACAUUUCUGAGAUGAAAAAUGAGGAGGUGCUGUGUUUCCCAAGUGAAAAUGACCAUGCUGUGAAUUAGAAAAUAUUGGAGCUGUUUCCAAGAAAAAAUACUAAAAUCAAGCUGGAGUCAUCUCUCUAAGAAAAAAGAAGUCACACUGGGAAAGUGAGGACAAGCAACUUCUCCAAUUGCUUGGGGAAGCCAGUGUGAAACCCAGUGGGUAUCUAAGAUGAUGAGAAUUUGGUGAUCUUUUUCAAAGUGUAUUGGUUGGUGGGCAGAUGUCCUGGAAGACUCAGGGCAUAGGAGUCAGGGACCAUAGCGAAGAGUAACUUAAUCACUAUUCUGUGUUAGACUGAGCAGUGUCCAUUUAUGUGGAUUUGAACAACAUGGACCAUUUUUUUCAACCAUUGGAUUCCUACCCUCCUACUCUCUGUGGAUAUUCUUUUACUGCAAAGAGAACAGAGGACUUUAUCACUCCCUCAGGAAGAGGUUACAACUCUUCCCUCAUACUGUGCUUCCUAAACCAGUUCUUUCCAUUGUUUUUGGCAGAGAGCAUGCUUGAACUCAUUUUGUGCAUCUAACAAAAGCUAAAAAUGACUCCUAAGGAAAAAAGAGCAUGAGCACAAAAGUCGAUCAUUUUUCAUGAAGUUUCAGGAUAUUCAUGAACUCCCUGAAAUUUGUUAGCAGGGACCUCCAAGGAAGACUCAAUAGACCCAGUUAAGGAUCCUUGUUCUAGAUCCUAAACCUGAAUCCCCAGAGACCUCAUCUUCAGCCAAGGGAAGCUUGAAGUAUUUUGAGAAAUGUGGUGAGGGUGGAAAGAAGCAAAGAGUUUCAUUCCAUUCUAAAAGAUCCAGCCAUCCAAGCUACUUCUGGAAGUUUUGAUCUGGAAAUCACAGCCCUCUACUCCUCCGGAUCAAUGGAUAGUACAGCUCCAACUUCCAGCUCAUACACCGCUGGCGGACACCCCAGUAACAAGUGAGAGCGCUUCACCCCGAAGCAGCCCAGCGACCUCCCCCCGCCUCCCCGGGCCUAUCCUCCCUCUGUCCCCUCGGCUCUUGGAGGAAAAAAAGAAAGGAAAAAAAAAAAAAAAAAAGAAAAGAAACAAAACCGAACAGCAUCCUCAGCUUUUGCACACGGCUUUUUCUCUUCAACUUUACCCAGCCGAGGACAGGGAACCAGCUUCCACUCUUUGAUGCACAGCCCAGCCACAGGAUUGCUUUCCGUCUCCUCUUGGUCCCUCCUGGAUAUUCUGUUUAUUGAUGAUUCGCAGGCUCCGCGGUGGAGAGCUGUCUUCCCUCCUCUUGCUCCCUGCUUCCCUGAGUUAGUUUUCUGAGAUUUUACUGGGGCUCGGGAUUUCUUGGACCGAAUGGAACUUUUUGCUGCCGCUUUUUGCUGCUGAUUCUGUCAGUGGACGAGAAAAAAGGCUUCGGAGGCAGAAGAGGCGCAGGGGAGGUGGAGAAAGAGGUGGAGGAAGAGGACGAGGAGGAGGAGGAGGAGGAAGCUGAAGGGGCUCGGCGCGUGUGUGUGCAUGUGUGCAUGCGUGUGUGAGUGCAUGUCUGUGAGUGCUGCCGCUGCCCAGGACCCCCGGCCCCGAAGGUGUUGGCUGAAAUAUGGAGAAUAGUCUUGGAUGUGUUUGGGUACCCAAGCUGGCUUUUGUACUCUUCGGAGCUACCCUGCUCAGCGCACAUCUCCAAGUCACCGGUUUCCAGAUUAAAUCUUUCACAUCACUGCGCUUCCUGGUGGAACCUUCUGAUGCGGUUACCAUGCGGGGAGGAAAUGUCCUCCUGAACUGCUCUGCAGAGUCUGACCGAGGAGUCCCAGUUAUCAAGUGGAAGAAAGAUGGCAUCCACCUAGCCUUGGGAAUGGAUGAAAGGAAGCAACAACUUCCAAAUGGGUCUCUGUUGAUACAAAAUAUAUUUCAUUCUAGGCACCAUAAGCCAGAUGAGGGACUUUACCAAUGUGAGGCCUCUUUAGGAGAUUCUGGGUCGAUUAUUAGUCGGACAGCAAAAGUUGCAGUAGCAGGACCACUGAGGUUCCUUUCCCAGACAGAAUCUGUCACUGCCUUCAUGGGUGACACAGUGCUACUCAAGUGCGAAGUCAUUGGGGAGCCAAUGCCAACCAUACACUGGCAGAAAAACCAACAAGACCUGACUCCCAUCCCGGGUGACUCCCACAUGGUGGUCUUGCCCUCUGGAGCCUUGCAGAUCAGCAGACUUCAACCUGGGGACAUUGGGAUCUAUCGAUGCUUAGCCCGGAAUCCAGCCAGCUCAAGAACAGGAAAUGAAGCAGAAGUUAGAAUCUUAUCAGAUCCAGGACUGCACAGGCAGCUGUAUUUUCUGCAAAGACCAUCCAAUAUAGUAGCCAUUGAAGGAAAGGAUGCCAUCCUGGAAUGUUGUGUUUCUGGGUAUCCUCCCCCAAGUUUUACCUGGUUACGAGGAGAGGAAGUCAUCCAACUCAGGUCCAAAAAGUAUUCUUUAUUGGGUGGAAGCAACUUGCUUAUCUCCAAUGUGACAGAUGAUGACAGUGGAACUUACACCUGUGUUGUCACAUAUAAAAAUGAGAAUAUUAGUGCCUCUGCAGAGCUCACAGUCUUGGUUCCGCCAUGGUUUUUAAAUCACCCUUCCAACCUCUAUGCCUAUGAAAGCAUGGAUAUUGAGUUUGAAUGUGCAGUCUCUGGGAAGCCUGUGCCCACUGUGAAUUGGAUGAAGAAUGGAGAUGUGGUCAUUCCUAGUGAUUAUUUUCAGAUAGUGGGAGGAAGCAACCUACGAAUCCUGGGGGUGGUGAAGUCGGACGAAGGCUUUUAUCAGUGUGUAGCUGAAAACGAGGCUGGGAAUGCUCAGACCAGUGCACAACUCAUUGUCCCUAAGCCUGCUAUCCCGAGCUCCAGCAUCCUUCCUUCUGCUCCCAGGGAUGUAGUCCCUGUCUUGGUUUCCAGCCGGUUUGUCCGUCUCAGCUGGCGCCCACCUGCAGAAGCAAAAGGGAACAUUCAAACCUUCACAGUCUUUUACUCCCGAGAAGGUGACAACAGGGAACGAGCGCUGAAUACAUCCCAGCCUGGGUCCCUUCAGUUUACUGUGGGAAACCUGAAGCCAGAAGCCAUGUACACCUUCCGAGUUGUGGCCUACAACGAGUGGGGGCCCGGGGAGAGCUCUCAACCCAUCAAGGUGGCCACUCAGCCUGAGUUGCAAGUUCCAGGACCAGUAGAGAACCUGCAAGCUGUAUCUACCUCACCUACCUCAAUUCUUAUUACCUGGGAACCCCCUGCCUAUGCAAAUGGUCCCGUCCAAGGUUACAGAUUGUUCUGCACUGAAGUGUCCACGGGGAAGGAACAGAACAUAGAGGUUGAUGGACUCUCUUAUAAACUGGAAGGCUUGAAAAAAUUCACGGAAUACAGUCUUCGAUUCCUGGCUUAUAAUCGCUAUGGGCCUGGAGUCUCCACUGAAGAUAUAACAGUGGUUACACUUUCUGAUGUGCCAAGUGCCCCACCUCAGAACGUCUCCCUGGAAGUGGUUAAUUCAAGGAGUAUCAAAGUAAGCUGGCUGCCUCCUCCAUCAGGAACACAAAACGGAUUUAUUACCGGCUAUAAAAUUCGACACAGAAAGACGACCCGUAGGGGUGAGAUAGAAACACUGGAGCCAAACAACCUAUGGUACCUGUUCACAGGACUGGAGAAAGGAAGUCAGUACAGUUUUCAAGUGUCAGCCAUGACAGUCAAUGGCACUGGACCACCAUCCAACUGGUACACAGCAGAAACUCCAGAGAAUGAUCUAGAUGAGUCUCAAGUACCUGACCAGCCAAGCUCUCUUCAUGUGAGGCCCCAGACCAACUGCAUCAUCAUGAGUUGGACCCCUCCCUUGAACCCAAACAUUGUGGUGCGAGGUUACAUCAUCGGUUAUGGCGUUGGGAGCCCUUAUGCUGAGACCGUACGUGUGGACAGUAAACAGCGAUAUUAUUCCAUUGAGAGGUUAGAGUCAAGUUCCCAUUAUGUGAUUUCCCUAAAAGCUUUUAACAAUGCAGGAGAAGGAGUUCCUCUUUAUGAAAGUGCUACCACCAGAUCCAUAACAGAUCCCACUGACCCAGUUGAUUAUUAUCCUUUGCUUGAUGAUUUCCCCACCUCUGUCCCAGAUGUCUCCACCCCCAUGCUCCCACCAGUAGGUGUACAGGCUGUGGCUCUUACCCAUGAUGCUGUGAGGGUCAGCUGGGCAGACAACUCUGUCCCUAAGAACCAAAAAACAUCCGAAGUGCGGCUUUACACUGUCCGGUGGAGGACCAGCUUUUCAGCGAAUGCAAAAUACAAGUCAGAAGACACAACAUCUCUGAGUUACACAGCUACAGGCCUCAAACCAAACACAAUGUAUGAAUUCUCGGUCAUGGUAACAAAAAACAGAAGGUCAAGCACAUGGAGCAUGACAGCACACGCCACCACAUAUGAAGCAGCCCCGACCUCUGCUCCUAAGGACCUGACAGUCAUUACUCGAGAAGGGAAGCCUCGCACUGUCAUUGUGAGCUGGCAGCCUCCCCUGGAAGCCAAUGGGAAAAUUACCGCUUACAUCUUGUUUUAUACCUUGGACAAGAAUAUUCCAAUUGACGACUGGAUUAUGGAAACAAUCAGUGGUGAUCGGCUUACUCAUCAAAUCAUGGAUCUCAACCUUGACACUAUGUAUUACUUUCGAAUUCAAGCAAGAAAUGCGAAAGGAGUGGGGCCCCUUUCUGAUCCCAUUCUCUUCAGGACGCUGAAAGUGGAACACCCUGACAAAAUGGCUAAUGACCAAGGUCGCCAUGGAGAUGGAGGUUAUUGGCCAGUUGAUACUAAUUUGAUUGACAGAAGCACUCUCAAUGAGCCACCCAUUGGUCAGAUGUACCCUCCACAUGGCAGUGUCACUCCUCAGAAGAACAGCAACCUGCUUGUGAUUAUUGUGGUCACCGUUGGCGUCAUCACAGUGCUGGUGGUGGUGAUUGUGGCUGUGAUUUGCACUCGGCGCUCUUCAGCCCAGCAGAGAAAGAAACGGGCCACCCACAGUGUUGGCAAAAGGAAGGGCAGCCAGAAGGACCUCCGGCCACCUGAUCUGUGGAUCCAUCAUGAAGAAAUGGAGAUGAAAAAUAUUGAGAAGCCAGCAGGCACUGACCCGACAGGAAGGGACUCUCCCAUCCAGAGUUGCCAAGACCUCACACCAGUCAGUCACAGCCAGUCAGAAACCCAGCUGGGGAGCAAAAGCACCUCUCAUUCAGGUCAAGACACAGAAGAAGCAGGGAGCUCCAUGUCUACUCUGGAGAGGUCACUGGCUGCACGCCGAGCCACCCGGGCCAAGCUUAUGAUCCCUAUGGAUGCUCAGUCCAACAAUCCUGCUGUUGUGAGUGCCAUCCCUGUGCCAACCCUAGAAAGUGCUCAGUACCCAGGAAUCCUUCCAUCGCCCACGUGUGGGUACCCCCACCCACAGUUCACCCUUCGCCCGGUACCAUUCCCAACACUGUCAGUGGACCGAGGAUUUGGAACAGGAAAAGCAGUGAGCGAAGCACCAACCACCCAACAGCCGCCCAUGUUGCCCCCGACUCAGCCUGAGCAUCCCAGCAAUGAGGAGGCCCCCAGCAGAACUAUCCCCACGGCCUGUGUUCGACCCACCCAUCCACUCCGCAGCUUCGCCAACCCUUUGCUACCUCCACCAAUGAGUGCAAUAGAACCGAAAGUCCCUUACACACCGCUUUUGUCCCAGCCAGGGCCUACUCUUUCCAAGACUCAUGUUAAAACAGCCUCUCUUGGGUUGGCUGGAAAGGCAAGAUCUCCUUUGCUUCCUGUAUCUGUGCCAACAGCCCCUGAAGUAUCUGAGGAGAGCCACAAACCAACAGAGGAUCCAGCCAACGUGUAUGAACAGGAUGAUUUGAGUGAACAAAUGGCGAGUUUGGAAGGGCUAAUGAAGCAACUUAAUGCUAUCACAGGCUCAGCCUUUUAACACGCACCACUGAAAUUGAUGAGGUGAAUUUUCCGGGACCUUGGCAGCAUUACUAAUUAUCCAUAAACAGCACACCUGUGUCCAAGAACUUUCACCAGUGUACAGGUCAACCACCAAGACCACUCAGUUCUGGAAGAUCCUGAAGCAGUUCAGAAGGAAUAAGCAUCCCUUCUUUCAGAGGCAUCAGGAGUUUCAAAGUGAUGACUCUGGGGUCCCACAACAAAAGCAAAGAUACACCUUCACUGCAGUGUCAAAGCUGAAGCUGCUAGAAUAGUCCUGGGUCUUUGCCACUGCAGUGACCACACACUGUCACCACAAAUGCUUAUGUUUUCCUUCAUCGAGGCCUGUCAUUUUCUUGUAUACGUAGGUCUAGUCUUACAAAAUUCAAGUGCAUUCUUGAAGCCUGUACCAUGCCGUGGCAAACCAGUGCACGCUCACUAUUUUGUUGUCAACCUUAAAGUACAAAGCACCCAUGGGGAUUUUCUCACUACAGAGCACCAAAGGAUUGGAUGUUUUCCUGACAGCACAAAAAAAGUAAACAAGUAAACAAACAAGAGGCAGUGAACCCUUAUGUUCUGUAACUCCAUCAUUCUUGCACAAGUGGUGGAGGUCAGCUGGUGGCUGUAAAAUUCACCCAUUUUAGCAACUAUGUAUAAGUCCACCCUUGGUAACAUUUAUGUCUAGAGAACAGGAAUAUUUGAAAAUCUGCAAGUAAGUUGGCAUCCUGCCAGCAACCAUUCCAUUUCCUGAAAAGAGGAUACAAUAUGCAAUCUUCUAGGACACAUGCUUAAGCUUGUAAUAGGACGUCUCGAUUUGGGUGGCUUCUUUGCCAUACCACACUGUGAUGAUAUUUCAAAGCUUCACCAAGGCUGUCUCCCUCAGGAGUCAGGCUGGAAGGGACACCCCACCCCAUCCCAUCCCUCCCUGAGUUUUCCUUGUCAACCAGCCCUGGUGAGGUGGCUGGAUCCACACAUCCCAUAACCUCCUGACCCACAUGAUCCCCUGAGCACAGGCCCCAUCCCAAGAAAAGGAGGGAACGUGGAAGGCAGUUUCAAAUUGUCCCUUCUCAUGAGCAAUGUCACUUCUACCAAGAUCGUGUUCCCUGACUCUGAGCAGGUGGUGUUGGUAAGUGGCAACUGCCAAGCCUUGACAAGGAAACCUUCUGCACCAUGCCUGCCCAGAGUCAGAUAGGAGAAGAGAAGGCACCACUUGAUAUUUCUGACACAUCCUAAACUCAGUGGAUGCUCUUCAAAACUGCAUCUUCAUAGAAUCUUAAACUUCUAUCGCCAUGUUUAUCUACAGCUUGCAACUAGGUGAAAUGAAAAACGUUUUCUGUGCAUCCUUUUAGUUUCUGAAUUUUCAGCCGCAUUUGGAGUUAAUCCAUUUAUGCAGCUGAAUCGCCAAAAGGAAGCUAGUUUGCAUAUUUAUCAGUUAGGCAACUUGAAAACCCAGUAAGAGGGUUUCGGCUGAAUUAUUCCUUUCAGCUCUGCCUUUGAUUUCAAGCUUGAGUAGGUCAUAAUUUUAAAAGAGCAUGGAAGGGAUAGGAUCUUUACAACCUAAUAGCUCUUUUUAUUAGGUGGGUAAUUAUAUAUGAAUCCCUGAAUGAAAUAUUUUGAGCAAAAUGGCACUGUAACAGAAGUAAUAAUUCAGAUUAUUUUUUUACAGUUUUAUGUCGGGAAGGAAAUCUGAUGUCAAAGAGAGGGCUUGUUCAAAUGGUUCAUUAGAAAGUCUGGUCCAUUUGUGAAAUUGCUCCUUCAACAAGAGUGCUUGUUCAAUUUUCUUGAGGUCCUUCUGAAGAACUAUAUGAUGUUAUCCUAUGGGGCAGAUAACUCUUGUCCAACAUUUAAGCGCUUAGGUAAACAACCCUCCACUGACCUGGAACAAGGUGUUUCAUAACAUAAUAGUGAGUCUUUCAGAAAUAAUCCAUUACUUCAGAAAAGAAAAUGUUCAUUAGUCUAGUCUUACCUCUUCAAGGUCCUAGAAUGACUUCCCCAUUCUAAUUCUCAGAAACGAGGAACAUUCUCUGAAGGCAUUUGCCAUCCAAGGAAGGUCAUCCUUGAGUGUUCACUUUUGGAAUGAGCUGCAAAUCUCUGAUUUCAGGGGUUGAGUCACAUCUGCAAGCUCUAGACUGUGUCUGGACCAUCAGAAUUAGCAUUUUCACAAAAUUAUUUUUUAAAAAUAUGAAAAUAUACAUUGUUUUCAGUGGAUGGUUCUGAAACUUUCUAAUGCAUGCUCUUGAAACUUUCCUCAUUAAACAAAUAUAAUAGUUUAUUUUAGUAAUUGGCAAUGCUAAUAAGUCUUAGCUAUAUAUGCAGUGAAUAUAUAGUAGAAUCACAAAAGACUCUUGGGAGAUUUUACCCGAUGGUUUUAAUAUGAAAUGACUUUACUGCAACUCUGUACCACUCUUCUGCCCAUCUUCUCAAAUAGUUCACAUGUAUGUACAACUGCCUGCCCAAGUUUACAGGUAACUUUUUAAUUUCUAAGGCUCUGGAUCUCUUGACAAGAAGAAACCUGUAAAUACUGCAAGAUAGCCUUCAUUUUUUUUCCCACUCCAAGUCUAGUUCAUGACAUAGCAGGCUCUUUAAGCUCAUAAAUCUCUCUGACUCCCAUGGGGCAAUGCUUGUCAGCCAACCAGCAGUUCUGUCACCAGGAGUCAUUUCUCCCUGGAAGAGAAGAAAAUAAAACUUGGCAGGGCAUGCUCAGGCCUCCCCUGCACUAUGCUGAAUUGUCAGGCAAGAAGCCUCCUCUUGAAAAAGUUCAGUAUUUUUCUCUUAUAUUUCAUACUUAUAACAAAGCUACUUUCUUUCCUCUAGAAAUUUCUGCAUUUGCUAAACUACCCCAAAUGCAGAUAGCUCAAAAUGCAUAAAGCAUAUUUGGAGGAUGCUGUAGCCAAAAGGUCAAUAUUUCUUUUUGACUCACAUUCAAUAAGAAACCAGUCAUAGCUACUACGUCUUUGCAGAACAGAGCUAUAAGCUUCUAGAAUAUUUAAAUAAUGGAAAUUUACAUUUGGGUAUUAUAAAAUGCAUACACAAUUGAACCAUCUGGGGAAAAAAUAUCAAACUGGGUAUAUAAGAGGUGAAUUUAUUAAGGCUUCCCAUGAGGAAUUGGGUAUAACAUCAUUUUUUUUCAAAAUAAGGGUAAUUCAAAAUGACGAAUAUGUCUUAGUCUUCUGCAUAGGCCAGGGCUAUAAAAUAAGAGCUCAUUCCAGACAACAGUUGGAAACUGUAAAGUCUGACACUCACUGGCUUUUCCAGUGAAGAAUCUAAGUACAGGUCUUUCUGGAAGUGUUUAGAGUCUAUGCUCAAAGAUCGUUGCUCAUUCUUAGUUACUCUUUUGAUAUGCUUGUCUAUUGACUUUGUUGAAAGGGAGAUCUUAAGAUUAUCUCCAAAUUUAAUAAAAUCUCCUAUGUGGCUGCUGUAAUUCUAACCCCAAAAGGUCACUUCUAAAGAGAGCACCUUACCUUUGAGAUAAAAUUGUGUUUUAGACUCAGACUUCUUAUAGUCUUAGAAGUUCCAUUUCUAGUUCAUGUGAAUGGGGGGGAAAAUGGGAAAAAUUCCUUAGUUUUAUAGUAUUUCUAAAAAAAAAAAUCAUUGAAACUUUAAAAUCAAUGCAGAACAAAGUUUCUCUCUUUUCUCAACCAGUUUACUUCAUCCGACUGCAGACCACCCCUAAGAUCAGAGGUUGGCAUCCUAGCCAGUUUAUAACCCAUAUGCCCAAUACUGAACCCACACAUUUCCAGAGCUGCAGGGCAGUUGUCUAUAAUCUCUUUUGUAAAAUUACUUUCGAAGCAACAUUUUACUCAUAAUUGGUAUUUCUCUGGUAACUUUCACAAAUCAUUUUAAUAGUGUACAAAACGCUUUUCACUAGAUUCCAAUGUUUCAAACUGAAUCAGAGUUUGGAAAAAUCAUAGAUGUUUUGCAUGAUACUCCAUUGUAUUAGAAGAUCUGCACUCUCAUGCCUCAGAAUAACCUUCCAUCCAAACACCUGCUUCCCAAAGGUACUGAUUCUGAAAAGAAAUGCCUGAGUCUGUCCUGGUCAGUGGGGUUGUACCAGAGUGCAAAUGUCACGCCCACAUCUGGCCUCUCUGUUGCCACCUUUGGAUAACAUUCACUUGGUGGGCUUCUAGUUGCACUCUCGGAAGGAUUUCUUCUCCUGCUCUCGGUAGAGAGCCUCUGUACAUUGUCAUCCUGUGAUUUUUUUGUUGGUUGGAGAGCAACAACAAAACUCUACAUGAUGUCGCAAACAUGGAUGCAUGGGCCAAGGGAUCCCACUGUGUGCUGAAAGUGUGUUCUCAGAUGCGAGAAAGGAAUGUUAGGGAGGAGGAGAAAUGCUGUUUUUUAUUCUCGUAGGGUAAACCUGGCAAUUCUGAACUUUGUGAAUUGUCAGCUUGUUUGGGGGCUGGGUGGGUGGGUACGGGGUGUACUUUUUAUAAGUAAUAUUUAAUUUAUUAUUUAGAGUGGCUUCUUUUUGGAUAAUUUAUGAUACAAAGGGAGGUCUGGUUGGGAAUCUAGAUAUGGCUGUUAAAGCUGCAGUGUUCCAUAUCUCAGAGGGACUGCUUUGGAAAUGAAUUGUCCACUGCUGAGUAUGAGGAGACACCCAGGCAAAGCCUCCACUGAAUCAUCAUAAUUGCCGCCUUCUCCCUUUCCAGGAUCAUUCAAACAAGAUCAUACCAAACCUACCAUAUUCUGAUAGCAUUUUACAGAUCAAUGCUACUCCUUCUCUCAAAGGGCUUUGCAAUGCAAACAAAUUGUUAGUAGGCUAGUGGUAGGUUUAUUUGGUAGAAAUGGGUAUACUACAGCUUUAACUAGCCUUAGUGGAAAAAGAAAUUUUUUGUUGCUACAAAAUGCCUUAAGGAGAAAAAAAAAAAAAAAGGUAUUUUGAGUUUACAAAGAGUUUCUUGAAAUUGUCAGACUCUAGCAUUGUUAA